AUGUCUCUUCCAGUAUUCCGAGGCACAACUCGUGCGUUCCGCUGCUUGCCGAGAGGGGCAGCAGUCCCCUGCGCCGGUGCAGGUGGCGUGAGGAGGUUGAUCUCGACAAAUAGCUUGGAGGGCCAGCAACAGCUCUUGUCUGCCAAACUCCAACAAGCCGAUCCCGCCGUCUACGACAUCAUUGAAAAGGAGAAAACCAGACAGAAGCACUUCAUCAACCUCAUCCCCUCCGAGAACUUCACCUCCCAGGCCGUUCUCGAUGCUUUGGGCAGUGUUAUGCAAAACAAGUACUCUGAGGGCUACCCCGGCGCAAGAUACUACGGUGGAAACGAGUUCAUUGAUCAGUCAGAGCGUCUCUGCCAGCAGCGGGCUCUCGAGACGUUCGGCCUCGACGCGAAGCAAUGGGGUGUCAACGUUCAAGCUCUGUCCGGCGCCCCGGCCAACUUGUACGUCUAUUCUGCCCUGAUGGACACUCACGACCGCCUCAUGGGUCUGGACCUCCCCCACGGCGGACACUUGUCGCACGGCUACCAGACACCGACCAAGAAGAUCUCUGCUAUCUCCAAAUAUUUUGAGACGGUUCCCUACAGACUCGAUGAGACCACCGGCCAGAUCGACUAUAACAAGUUGGAGGAGCUGGCCAUGCUCUACAGACCCAAGGUCAUUGUUGCAGGCGCCAGCGCCUACAGCAGGUUGAUUGACUAUAAGCGCAUGCGCGAGAUUUGCGACAAGGCCAACGCCUACCUCCUCGCCGAUAUGGCUCACAUCUCGGGUCUGGUUGCGGCCAAGGUUAUGCCCGGCCCGUUUGCCUACGCCGAUAUCGUUACCACCACUAGCCACAAGAGCUUGCGAGGACCCCGUGGCGCCAUGAUUUUCUUCCGCAAGGGUGUACGCCGGCAGAACGCCAAGAAGGAGGACGAGAUGUACAAUCUUGAGGGCCCUAUCAACGCCUCCGUCUUCCCCGGUCACCAGGGAGGCCCUCAUAACCACACAAUCACUGCAUUGGCCGUCGCUCUGAAACAGGCUCAAGCCCCGGAGUUCCGCGCCUACCAGACUCAGGUCCUGGCCAACGCCAAGGCGCUGUCCCAGAGAUUGGGUGCUCCCAAAGAGAAGGGAGGUUUGGGUUACAGCAUCGUAUCCGGCGGCACCGACAACCACCUUAUCCUGGCGGACCUGAAGCCCCAGGGCAUCGACGGUAGCCGUGUGGAGCGUGUGUUGGAGCUCGUCGGCGUUGCCGCCAACAAGAACACGGUCCCUGGAGACAAGUCGGCGCUGGUCCCCGGUGGACUGCGCAUCGGUACGCCUGCCAUGACGACGAGAGGGUUCAACGAGGAGGACUUCAGCCGCGUGGCUGACAUCAUCGACCGCGCCGUCACCAUUGCUAUCCGGGUCAACAAGAGCGCCAGGAAGGCGGCCGAAGAGAAGGGAGAGAAGAAGCCCGGUCUGCUGAGGCACUACAUGGAGCACCUUGGUGACGGUGAAAACGAUCCUGAGAUUGUCCAGCUGAGGUCCGAGGUGGCCGACUGGGUGGGUACCUACCCCCUGCCUUGGGAUAUCCACUCUUCUUGA